CUAUGCGCUAUGGUAGUUAGGAGUCUUGCGAUUUACUACAUGCUGGCUGACUUCUGCGCUGCAACUGUCAGCUUGCUUACCCACAAGCAAUCUAUAAAUAGUUAUGCAGUCUUGUUUUCUCAACGACUUUGCUUUGCCAACAGUAACACUAACCGAGGGACGCGGAUCAAACGGUGACGGUUUCUCAGCUAAAAAAGAAAACUACUUACCGCCUUUGGACAAAGUAGUUAGAUUAGCUACGAUAUCGUUGUGCAUUACUCCAGUGUGUUGUGCUUUAGCUAGCAAACCGUGCAGGUGUGAAACGUUUUUCCGUUAGUUAGAUAAUUAUGUUAGCUAGCUAACCAUUUGACUACCAAACGAUCUUAGUUUAACUACUUGUUUUGCAAGCUCAAAACAAGUAUCCAGCUGGUUGCAUAACCGCAUUUGAACUUAUAAAUAUAACUGUUUUUUUCUGGAUGUCCUCGGCGGGCAAGCAAGCUCUUGAAUAAUUUCACAUGAAAUCAUCUGAAAGCUAACUACGUUUUGAAAAAAUGUAGUCAUGCAUAAUAAGCUAGCUGUAUUUCUGCAGGACACAUGGGCGCCACGGAACGUAAGCACUGAGUGAUGAUUCCAUUGAGAGUGCUGCUUUUCCAAACUCCCAGGUUUACAGUGAAAGUAGCCCGCCAAAGUCUACCCUGCGUUUUUCACAAGUUACCUGGAGGACAGGUAAAUCUUGCUAACAAAGUUGGACGUCAAAGUCGUUGCUGCGCCUUUUCUGCACUACCUGUAGGACAGGCUAAUUUCACGGACAUGCAGCCAGUUAGUGGCCCCGAGACGGACUUCCAUAUCGUCGAGCUCGAUACUAGCAUGGAACUUGACAGCGGUCUGCUAGAGCUGGCACCUGCAACGAAUGCGUUGGAAGAUGUAAACCCUGAAGACAGCUGCUUGCUAUCUGCUCCAUGUGUCACAGAACGCAUCGAUUCGGAGCACGAAACGCCGAAGAAGCAGCGAAAGAAAACGAAGAAGGCCAGAUUAAGAGGCCGAAAGCAGAACGCAAAAUCAUCGGAUUGCGCCGACAGCCUUUUGGCAGAGCUUCCGUUUGCGAACGCAGAAAUAUGGACGGACCUCGGCUUCACCACCUGUGAGAAAAACGUGAAGAAAAAGCGAAAGCGAGGAGACAGUGGUCGAGGAGAGAGCGAAGAGGAUGGUGAGAAGAAGAAGAAGAAAAAACAGCCACGGCCAAACUACUUUGUUUCCAUCCCCAUCAGGAAUCCAAUGAUCACGGAGGGCAUCAAAGCUGUUCAGGAUCUGGUGGUGCAGAACGAGGAAAGAUAUUCCCGUGCUCUGAUCCCUGUGGGCAGCCUGCACAUCACCUUGCUGGUGGCCUACCUGAGCAAUGAGGAGGAAGUCAACAUGGCGAAGAGCGUCAUGGAGCAGACAAAGCAAGCGCUCCAGGACCUGCUGGAGGGGAGGGACCUGAUCCUGCCGUUCUGCGGAAUCGGACACUUCAAGAACGAGGUGGUGUUCGCUCAGCUGGCUGAGGGGAGCCACGUGUCCAAGCUGACGGAGAUAGCAGAUGCGGUGAGGAAGGCGUUUGAGGAGAAGGGGGUAUCGCCCGGGGACAGCAAGGCAUUUAAGCCACACCUGACCUUCAUGAAGCUUUCGAGAGCCCCCAAGCUGCGAAGUCAGGGAAUAAAGAAGAUUGAUCCCAAAGUGUACGAGAGCUUGGCUCAGCACAGCUUCGGAGAGGAGACCGUGUCCAGAAUAGACCUCUGCUCAAUGCUGAAGAAAAAGAGCGCGGAUGGGUACUAUCACUGCGAGACCACCAUAACGCUCGGUGAGAAGAAGGGGGCGGAGCCCGAUGAUGAGGAGUUGCUGAGUUUGAGUAAGAGGCUGGUGGAGGAUGCGGUCCUCAAGGCCGUGCAGCAGUACAUGGAAGAGACCCAGCAGAACCAAGGCCCGCCCAAGCCUGGCCAGAACCUCAACACCAGCAGCGGCAGCAAGUGAUCUUCCCGGCCUCAGACCUGGGCCCGACCAGCCAAAACCAGAGGGGAGGGGGCGCGGGGGGCGGUGGCUGGAGGGGGCUGUCUGCCAGCCAGAAGCUGCGGAGUAGCAGGGAGAGCUGUUGAACUGUGUGCAAUACUGCUUUCGGAAAAGGAAUCGAUUUGGGAAAAGGAAUUGUUUUUUUUUUUGGAAAAAGGAAUCGUUUUGGAAAAGGAGUCAGGGUUGAGGAAGGAACCCCUAUGCAGCUUGUGUGUUAUAACCACUCCGAUGCCACCUACCUAGUGCUUCUCCCCGGCAGUCCUCUGCUCCACAGAUCUCCCCUCUUCUGCUCAAGUUGUAACAUCGGAAACAUGGCUAAAGGAGCUCAGAUGGUAUUUUGUGAGGCCUCGGUUUAGAGGUAUAGAAUGAGCGGCAGAGAGAGUCUGUGCUGUUGGCCUUGUACAUCUGGUUUGGCCACAGCAGGUGUCUACCUCUGCCAUAAGUAUUGAGCAGUGCAAAGACAAUCACUAUCUUUACUAAGCUGAAUAUCACUACAAAACGAACUGCAUUCACAAACCUUUUCACUAAACAUGUACAACGCUACUGGGGAGGACUAUGCAGUUGAGAGUAUACUGUGAAACAUGUUUACACCCUGUAUUUUUGCUCGUGCUGUAUUUAUAUGGGAACGCGAGUGAAGCCAAGAGAUGUCUGAAAGUUCCACAGGUUAACGCUUUAAAACCAACCACUAGUACACAGCGGAGGGGGGCAGUUAGGAUCACAGCAGCAAAGCAGAGUGCAGUUUAAAGUUGUAAAGCAGAGUAUGUUGUCUCCUGUUUCCUGUAGGGGCGCGGCAUGACACGAGCCUCACUAGGCAGGCAUUGCUAACGCAAAAUUGGAGCCUCUCGAAGAGGCUUGAAGAGAUAAAAGAGCUUUUGUCUCAGCCAGCGGUCCGGGACAGGAUCGGCCAGGAACUCGCUGUGGCCAAGGGUCCAGCUGCCCCUGACUGAACACUCCCAAGGCUGACCACCGGGGCAGCGAUAUCAGCACUCCACCCAGGAUGGAGGUAGAAGCGCAGACCUCAUUGUCUCCACCAAUGAGAAGGUGCAUCCAGUGGGAGUUCUAAAAAAGAUCAUUUCAAUCCACACUCAUUUUUUUAAAAAAAAGUUUAAUUUUGUAUUUAGAGAAAACUAAAAAUCCCCAUUUUUUUGGCUCCAAAAACGCACUAUUUUUUCAUGCUUGUAGUAAGGGAGAUCCUCAAAUUACCACUUCCAAUGUGGCCUUAUGAAGUGAAUAUAGUUACAGAUCUUGUUUUAUUACCUUGCACUUGAACAUAUAAUUUUAAAAAAGUUAAUUUGAACUUUGCUUAAGUUCACCAGAACCUUAAACUAUGCUUUGUCUCACUGUGUCAUUUGAUACUCCAUUGUCCACAGUCUUUUCCAUUUUUAUCGGUAUCAAGUGUAGUGCGUGUUGAUGGUUUAUGUAUUGUACUUAGCCACAUUGAACAAUGAAAAAAUACUGAAUAA